AUGGCUACAAUUGAAGAGACAAAUCUUGGAGAAGAGCUCGAUCGACAGGAAUCGACUGAGGAACCCACGGCGGAAACAAAAAUCGAUGCAGUGGAUUCGAGAAGACAGAUCACGAACCAGAAGUGGAUGAGCCCGAAGAAAGUGAAAAAGAGAAAGGACAAAGGUGACACAUUUGCAUCAACGUUGACUCCAAAAGUUGAGUCGCCGAAAGCCGAAGCGAUGGGUGGAAAGGGAGCUGGUAUGGCACUUGGGGAUAUUGCUUCAGCAAAUGAAUACAUCACUAAGAAGCCGACUCAAGAUUUGAAGAAAUUGCACAAAUUGCUCUAUUUGCGUGAGGGACAAGCCGCACACAGCAUUGUGUUUAAGAAAGCACUACGCAAGUUUAAUGGAUGGUGGUUCACGGAGAAAUCAGAUGAUUGGAACAAAAGAGUCUCGUAUUUGCAAAAGUUGAAAGUGGCGGAAGGGACGUUUUUGCGCGCCGGAGUUGGUCUACAUCAUGCUGCCCCAACAAGAGAUGAGAAACACCGUGAAGAAGACACAUCUUAUGAAAUAAACCUUGCGAGUGUCGAUGAAACAAAUGGGUGCAAACUGUUUGUGACAAAUUUUCCCGAUUCGGAUCUCGAGGGAACGAAGAUCAGUCGAUGGCUUGAAGCACCAUUCCGAUCUAAUCUUUUACCGAAACAACCUGGGGUUGCUAUUGGUCGACUUUGUGAUAAAUGUGAUGGAAGAUGUGUGAUCUGCGAUUCCUUUUUACGACCGGCUACACUUGUUCGCAUCUGUGAUGAGGUACAACUACAGAAGUUAUCACAGACUUACAGCCUUCUAAAACAAACUAUUGUACGAUUUAGGGACUAUGAUGAAGUUGCAGUGGCCCUCGAUGCUGAAUCGACGUUUCUUGGACCUGAUAAGCGUUCUGUUCAAAGUUAUCUACAAACUCCACGACUCACCGAUGCUCUUCAUGCCGCUCUCCUGAUCCACCGU